AUCCGUCACUGCUGCUUUCACAUCGACUACAACAACAUACCAAACCUCUAAUCACGAGUCCCUAAUACCAAUCCCACCCCCAAACCAUCUUUCUCAGCCAUUCCCACAAUGGCUGCUAUCGGAGGCGUGCAGUCGAUCAAGUGCGUCGUCACUGGUGACGGUGCUGUAGGAAAGACAUGUCUUCUCAUCUCAUACACAACAAAUGCCUUCCCCGGCGAAUACAUUCCCACAGUUUUCGAUAAUUACUCGGCGAGUGUUAUGGUCGAUGGCAAGCCCGUGAGCUUGGGUCUCUGGGAUACUGCUGGACAGGAGGAUUACGACAGACUGCGCCCGCUUUCGUACCCCCAGACCGACGUCUUCCUCAUCUGCUUUUCGCUCGUCAGCCCUCCGUCGUUCGACAACGUCAAGUCCAAGUGGCACCCCGAGAUCCAGCAUCACGCCCCCGGUAUCCCCAUCAUUUUGGUGGGCACCAAGCUCGAUUUGCGCGAGGACCCCGAUACCAUUCAGAGCCUGAGCCAGAAACGCAUGGCUCCGAUAACGUUCGAGAUGGGUGUCAACUGCGCCAAGGAGAUCGGCGCGAGGAAGUACCUCGAGUGCUCUGCCCUUACCCAAAGGAAUCUCAAGUCUGUUUUCGACGAGGCCAUCAGAGCUGUGCUCUACCGCGUCGAUACGACCCAAGAAAAGAAGAAGUCCAAGUGCACUAUCCUCUAAUUAAUUCACCACAACCAACCAAACCACACCAGACAUACUACCACCAUCACAACACCAUUACACCAACGCUCAUGAGGCCAUUUACCGAGGGCGCAGCGCACGCCUUGACAUCAGCACAAAACAACAGGGUGUUCCAUGGGGAUAAUUGUGAGGGGACACCAUCUAUACCCGGCGG